UAAAUGAGUACAGUAUUUUGAUGUAGAAAAUCUUAUAAGAUGUACAGAGCGACAUUUAUGGUACCAGUUGUUUUAAUUGUUUAGUCAUUUGAUGCAUGGGCUAUGGCAUAUUCUUCUUUACACCAAGUUAGAGUAAAGUAUUAUAAUGGGGGAGAGUUGUGGUAGAUCCUACUUGAGAAAUGACCCCGAGACAUGCAGAGUAAAGAUGAAUAGGCCUAAAAGGUGAAGGAAAAGAAAGGUAGAUUUGUGAAGUGUGUGAGAAUGAGCAGAAGAAAAAGAACUCAAGUACUUCAGAAGGAGGAAGUUGACAGUGGUGUGGGCGUUCACAUUGCAACUGACGACAGAUCAUCCAACUCUUCACUUGAUAAAGAAAACAAAACUGAAGUAUCAGAUAUUAGUUUCUUGAAUGCCUUUGUUGCUGCCCUGAGUAUGAUAGUGGUGACUGAACUGGGUGAUAAAACAUUCUUCAUUGCUGCCAUUAUGGCAAUGAAUCAUCCCAGAAUAACUGUGUUUUCUGGAGCUGUAUUUGCCUUAUCUGCAAUGCAUAUUAUAUCAGCUUUGUUUGGUUAUGUCAUUACUUGGAUCCCCCGUCUUUACACUUUCUAUGCCUCAAGUGCUCUUUUUGCCAUCUUUGGUUUAAAAAUGCUCUAUGAAGCCUGGAAAAUGAAGCCAAAUGAAGGACAAGAAGAACUUGAGGAGGUGCAGUCAGAUAUAAGACGCAGAGAAGAUGAUCAUCGACGAGAACCUGCAGAGGAAGUUUCAGUGGCAUACACACCAAAUUCUCAAGAUGGCAGUGAAGUAAUAUUUCAAAGGGAAACAGUAGAAGAAAGUGGAACGGGAACAAGACGUGUUGGACGAUCCACGGAAGAAGGUGGAACAGGAACAAGGCGCGUUGGACGCUCCGCUGAAGAAGAUGGAACGGGAACAAGACGUGUUGGACGCUCCACUGAAGAAGGUGGAACAGGAACAAGGCGCGUUGGACGCUCCACUGAAGAGGGUGAAACUGAAACAAGACAAGGUGAUGGUUCAACAGAAGAUACCGAGGUUGAAACACUGCGAGGUGGAUCCAUAGAACGUUUAUUUGCAGUCCACUCGCGGGUGUUCCUUCAGUCCUUUACUAUGACGUUCUUGGCUGAAUGGGGUGAUCGUUCCCAGAUUGGUACUGUUGUUAUGGCAGCAAGAGAGAAUGUGUACGGUGUGAUUGUUGGUGGACUGCUGGGGCAUAUUUUGUGCACAGGACUUGCUGUAGUUGGUGGGCGCUUAAUUGCAGCCAAAAUAUCUGUCAGAACAGUAACUGUUAUUGGUGGCAUUAUCUUCCUGGUAUUUGCUGUAUCUUCCCUGAUUAUUGGUCCCUGAAAAAAUACUUUGCCAGAUCUUGUAAUAUAAACUGUUUGUAUAAACGUUUUUCUUGUAUAUUAUAAGACUGUAAAAUCUAUGGUAGUAUACACUUUUAGGUUUAUGUAAUGAUUAAACUUUACUUAAA